AUGGUUUACGGAUUCGUCGUGAAAAAGAGCAAGGGAACGUACGACGUCUUCGAUACUGAACAACGCGCAAUUGUAUUUCGUGUGAAUAGCGAGCAAUUCGAGCUAGGGCAAUGGGUAAGAGGAAAAAAUAAAGUGAGUCGGCUCUUUUUUGAUAUUUAUUCCCUUAAAACCCAUGUUUCAGGACCUCAAACUGGAAACGCAGCCAGAAACGACGCAGGUUUCGACGAGCAAGUCGGUGGAUGAGGAGGGCAGAGAAACGACGACGUUGUGGGUAUGCACGAUGGUUCUGAAGCCGGACAUGUCUGAUUUCGAUGUGAGCGUGCAGGAGAAGCAUGCCGGAGCCGUUUGGGCGCCACUCAUCGGCUGGAUUUCCGAUCCGCAGGAGAUUUGUAAGGAUCAGCUGGUCAACGAGCAAAUUCCAGUGAGUUUAUGGAACAUUUUCAAAGAAUGAAACACAUUCUGAACAUCAGGUCAAGAUGAAAUACCAAAAUCACUCUCUUCCGUACUUUGAAGUGUUCGAAAUGGUCCCGACAGCUCAGCGACACCUUCAAAACGAAGUUGAGAAGGAGUGGCGCGACGAAUGCAAUCGGAUCCGAACCGAGGGACCGUUCUUCGGGAGACCCAUUUCAUCGGUGGGUCACUUAUGAAUAUUCAAGGUCAUGAAGGAGAUGAAUUCAGCUUUGGAAUGUGUACGGGUACCGAAAAUCACUUCAAACGGGUCUGAUGAUUGGAGAAGCAAAGCAUGGUGGAUACGGUCAACUUGCUGCCAACGACAUGUACGUGCCAAUGUCCGGAAUAAUCCGAGCAGUUCACGAUAAUAAUCCGGAAAGGUUGGCGGCGGCGAAGGUACGUUUUUCUCACGACGUGCAAAAGAGCCGUUUGCUUCCAGAUCGGAAAGUGGUUCGAAGUUACGCAGUAUUCUAGGCGGAGAGCCAAUAAGCGGAUUCCGGUCGACGAUCCGUACCCGACUGCGAUCAUCAACGGAGCCAUAGAGGUAGACAACGUUUUUAUUCGUUUGCCAUGCACACUUUUUGCAGGUAUCCAUUACUUUUCGCUUCGAGCCGGGGCUGUUCGAACCGAUCGCUAACGAACACAUUGCCGAUUGGUCGGAACGUUCGCGAGGCAUCUACAACUCGAUCGUCAUCAAGAACGAUCACUUGAACUUGAUUUCCGUUCCCCGUCCGGCCGCUGUCUUCAUAAUUCAGGUACGUAGAGUUGUCAGUGUGUCAGAGUUUCGUUUCAGCAAGUGGAGAAGAGAUUCGGAAAGGUGGACGAGUACGAAGUUGAAGCUGGGAUUCGUCUUAAACGCGGAUAUCAGUACAGCUACAUCGAGAACGAGACGAACCCGAUCUUUGAGGUCAGGAAGAUCCGGAAGAUCGGACAGAUCGAUCGUGGCGACGGUGGAAGAAGAGAGUCGUGGAACUUCUCAGCGCUUCUCGCAACUGUGAUGAAACCGGAUUUAGAGGGUUUCCAUGACUUGAUAAAGAGAAAAUAUCAAGAUCAGGUGUGGAGCCCAUCCGUUGGAUGGUUGUCGGAUCCAGAGAAAGUGUUCGAAUCGCAAGAACUUCACACACCACGCGCCGUGAGUUUCAAACAAUUCUUCCAAAACGAUGUUUGCUCCGUUCAUUCCAGACUGUCCUGAGAGAAGAGACGAGCUCUCACACGUACUACACCGUUUCCAAGUUUCUGAAAAUCGAUCCGAACCUUCCAAAGAUGAUCGAUCCGAAAGCAGUCAACGUGGAAUGGAAGCCAGCGAAAGAGGAUCUGAAAGUUGAAGAGAUUCUGAGGAAAUUCAGAAGCGAAGAACUGUUCCUGGAGGUGACUAGAUCUCAAUGCAUGAGAAUCAGAAUCCAAAUCACCUUCAGCUACACCAAAAACAUGGUCUCCUGAGCAGCGGGAAGGUGCUGAGAGGGGUGUGCAUCAAGAACACCAACACACCGUUCUACUUUUUCUCCCCCGCACUCGGACUGAUCCUUUUGGACGAACACGAACGGGAACGCCGGAAUAUCCCUCUUCCAGCGGUACGUUUUUUGUAGAGAUUUAUAAUUUGAAAUUUAAAAGUAUAUCAGAGAGCGUUUUGGUACUUUGUGGAGGUCACCGACUGCCGCAACGGAGGACAUCCGAGCUUUGAGUCGUAUAGGGCGAUCAAUGGAAAAAUGACGUCGGGAUUUCCUACCGUAUUUCUGCACAAUGAGACGUUGAAGGUAAUUGACAUUAUUAGAUGUACAUAUGUAUCCCAAAACAUUUGCGCAGAUGAAAGUCUUCAUCGAGAUGGACGAAAUGUUCCAUGAAAAAGGUCUCGCGUACUGUGAACACAUCAACCUCGUUCAGAUAGAUCAAAAAGACGUGCAGAAGAUCUGGAAGGUAAAAUUAUCGUUUAGUUUUGCCUACUUAUUUAUUGGUAAUUGCAGGCACUCGAAAAGCGAUACGGAAGCCGAGAGAAAGCGUCGAAAGAAGUGAGAGAGGAUCGGCUGAAAGUGUGCGUUACGGUCAAACUGCGCGAAGAUUUCGUGCGGGCGUUCGAGCAGCACUGCUAUGCUCCGAUGUUCAAGGCCGUCGAGUUUCUCGAAGAUCUGGAGCACAUUGGCAGCGGAAAAACGGUCCCAUUGAAGGAAAAAUCGACUCGUUAA